GGGUGGGAUUGAAGAUGCUGGGGAGGAUGAGGAGAUAGAUAGAUACAGACAGACAGACAGACAGACAGAGAGAUGGAGGUGUUUAGAGUUUUGUAUUUGGAAUAGAUGUUCAUCAUCACUUUUGUAAAGAUGGACAGAGUGUCCAAAUCAACAGAGACCUGAAUGAACAUCCAAAUAGUCGCAUCUACUUUCUUUCUCUCCUAUCUGUAUUUGUGAGUAAAUCCGGAUAUGUUAGGUGAUAUGUUGCUCUGUAUGGGAAGUGAAACAGUGGGGUAGGAGUAAGAGGAGAAUGGCGUACACACAGUUGGAACCCAUUAAUGAGGGUCUUCUGUCCAGACUGUCUGAUUUUCUGUUGUGUCGCUGGUCGUGCCGCUCGUGUUGGCAGUGGUGCUGGGAGUGUAGCUGCUGUCAGUCCACCGAUGAGGAGGUGGAGAUUCUGGGGCCUUUCCCUGCUCAGACUCCAUCAUGGCUCCUGAAUGAAUGUAAUGAUGACAGAAGCUCAAAUUCUCCCACUAUGGCCCCUGACCUUGAUUCACCUGCUCAGUCCGACACUACAACAAACUGCAGGCCGUCCUCUUCUUCAGAGACCUCACGCUCUACCUUCAGCCUGGCAAGCCAGCUCGCAAGUCUCAAUGCCCGACGGCCAAGCUCCCCCAUGGUGGAUGUAAAGCCUAUUGAGUUUUGGGCCAUGGGACCCAGGAAGGAAGUAGUGCAGCCCCUGCGUAAACCCUCGACGCCCCCAGAUGACUACUACCGCAAACUGGAGCCUCGCCUAUACUCGCUGGACUCAGGCAGUGAUGAUGUCGACUCUCUGACGGAUGAGGAGAUUCUGGUGAGGUACCAGCUAGGCAUGCUGCACUUCAGCACACAGUAUGAUCUCAUCAACGGCCAUCUCAGCGUUCGAGUCAUCGAAGCCCGGGACCUUCCCCUACCUGUAACAUGUGAUGGUGCUCGCCAGGACAUGGCCCAUUCGAACCCCUAUGUCAAGAUGAGCCUGCUGCCCGACCACAAGAACUCCAGGCAGACUGGGGUUAAACGUAAAACCCAAAAUCCAGUGUUUGAAGAACGCUUUACUUUCGAGCUCCCCUUUCUGGAAGCCCAGAGACGAACUCUGCUGCUUUCUGUGGUCGACUUUGACAAGUUUUCACGACACUGUGUCAUUGGGAAAGUAGCUCUUGCUCUCAAUGAGGUUGAUCUGGUCAAGGGAGGACACUGGUGGAAGGCCCUGGUACCCAGCUCACAGAAUGAAGUUGAGCUUGGUGAACUUCUGCUGUCUUUAAACUACCUGCCCAGUGCUGGCAGACUAAAUGUGGACAUCAUCCGAGCAAAGCAGCUGCUUCAGACAGAUAUGUGCCAGGGUUCAGAUCCUUUUGUCAAGGUGCAGUUAGUGACGGGCCUAAAGCUGGUGAAGACUAAGAAGACAUCCUGUAUGAGAGGGACCAUUGACCCCUGUUAUAAUGAGUCCUUUAGCUUCCGUGUUGCUCAAGAGGACCUUUGUGAAGUCAGCCUUGUGUUCACAGUGUUUGGGCACAACGUGAAGAGUAGCAACGAUUUUGUUGGCCGCAUCGUGAUUGGUCAGUUCUCCACCGGCCCGCAGGAAACCAUGCAUUGGCGCCGCCUGCUGAGCUCCCAUCGCACCCCAGUGGAACAGUGGCACAGCCUGCACUCACGUGCCGAGUGUGACCGCGUGUCACCGGCUUCUCUUGAGGUCACAUAAUAUUUACAUAUUUAGGGUGUUGGGAUGAAAAGAGGUGGAAAUGAACUUUGUGUAUUGACAUAAAGUUUCUACAUAAUGAUGGGUUCUGCCUCAAGAUUAUUUGUGUUUGUGGACAUCACAAAACGGGAGAUGUAGGCUAUAGUAUUUUUCCAUUAUGAUUACGAGCAGAAGCCUGCCAUCCAUGCUUUCUUUUUAUCACAUUGAUACUAUCUUACACUGAGGCUCAAUAAUCCGAUCAUCACCUGAAUCUCAGCUGCUGACUAGCUUCUGGCAUCAGCUGUAAUGUUGACCUAACCACUGGUCAGAGAUGUAGUGUUUUAAUAAUCAUAUUGUGUCUUUUCUCAGACUUCAGUAUGAUUUGAAGUAGUAAUCGCUCCUGUGGCAACACGGGUAUUAUUUUUAUUUCCUCGUUUUGAUUUUUUUAAAGUGAGAUUUUACACCAAAGCUUGUAUUUGUGACCCUGUGUCACUGUUCACGCACAUUUGAUUGUGUUUAAGUGUUCAUGCGUGUGUGAAUUAAGUAAACAUUUGCACUUACGGCAGCUCUGGUCCGUAUCAUCAUGUUGAGAUGCAUUUGUGUUAACAGUGAACAUGCCGUCACAGCUUGGGCAAUAUAGUACCAUGCCAAUAAGGUGCAGAUAUAUACAUUCCUUCCUCGCCCUUCAUUUGUUGUUAAAUGUUUUUUGCCAAGUUCAGCCUGUUUACUGUAUGAUUGAUGUGUUGGAGAUGUGCUUUGUCUUUUCUUCAGUCUAUACAUUAAAUAGUCACAAAUAAGAUAAUGUGGUAUGCAUAAAUAGAAUCUAAGUGCAAUCGGAAACAUUACUGUAUCCUUAAACCUUCUUGUGUGAUCUAAAUGUUUCAGGUUAAAUGUUAAAUGUAUGAUUUUCUGCACAUGUCAAUGUUGAUGUAGAUGACAGUAAAAUGACUAUAAAGUAAUAAUAAUACCAAUAAUGAAGCUUUGCCAGUGAAGAUAUUUCUUUAUUUAGAUUAAAAGUGCUCAUAAUAAUAUAAUUAUAGAUUUAUCUCUACAAACAUAUCUAUAUAUAUUUAUAACUUAAAUUGUGUACAGUGGAUUGAACAAAUGCAUGUUGCAAUAGAAAAAAAGAUAAAUAAUAAGAAAUGGAAAUGAAUAAGCUGAAAAAGCUGUUGAAUUCACUGAAAAAAAUAAUUAUUUAAUCUUUUCACAUUUGUGUCUUAAUUUAAUUCUAAGCCAAAACAUUUAGUCUAAUAUUUCUUUGUCUGCUCUGAAAUCUCUGAGAGUUUGUUACACUGCUGAAUGCUGAUAUUUGUGUGUUAAAAUUUAGAGCAGAAUCCCUUUAAAUGUCUUAUUGACAGGGAUUGUAAUGUGUAAAUCCUUCAGAGCGAUGUCUUAAGUGAUUUGGCAACAUGUUCCAAAAUGCAUUAAAGUGAAUUUUGUUACUGUCUUUUUGCUUUGUCCUCAGCUGUGAUUGUAAAUUGGUUUAAUAAUAUCGAUGUUUGAUAUAGUUUAAUUACUCUGAUUCUAUUGCGUAAACAUGCAUAUUUACAAUAGCAUAAAACAUGCAUAACAUUUUCGUCAACCACAGUGAUGUACUUAUUAAAUCCCAGAAAAAAUGUAAGGCUUGUUUUUGUAUAAAUGUUCCCACUAAGGGUUAUGAGACGGAGAGAUUAGUCACAUAAUUGCUGUCUCCAACCAGAGGGAGCAGCUUAACCCCACUGUCCACAUGAGUCCUGGCAUUAUGUCAAGCACAUAAUGAUUAAAAUUACUGUUUAAGAUGACAUUAACAAACUAGAAUGUUCAUCUAGGCAUAUUAAAAAAACUUUAUGCUAGUAAUACCCAGACAUUGGGUCAUGAGCAAACUGUUCCCAACGUUCCAUGGAGACCACGAAGACCUCAAAAGUGAGCUUAUAAUGUAAACUCUAAAGUUUUCUUAUUAAACUCCACAAAAAUAAACGAUGGCAGGC